AUGAUCUAAAAAACUGAGUACUCAACUGAUGAUGCCAAAGAAAGGGAAUAUAGAAUUUAAAGAAUGGAAAAAUAAUUGAUUGAAAAUUAAUUUAUCAAGCAAACAUAUCCCAAAAAAUAUGAUUAUACUCAUUCAAAAAAUAAUUAUUCAGUCCCGAUAAAUCAAUUGGAUUAUAAGUCAUUUUAUCAGUCCUACCUGCCUUUAGAAUAAUAAUAAUAGAUGCGUUCUCAGAAUUUAUAAUUUUCUUCAAAUAAAACCUCCUCAUUCAAGUUAAGUUAUGAUAACAAUGAUAAGGAUACAACUCCUAAUAAAAAGCAAUAAUAAUUAUAAUAUAGAGACAUUUUAUAAAAAUAAGUUGAAGAAAAGCAAAAUUUAUUAAAAUAACAAAAGACAAAGCAUGAAUGCACUGAUAUCUUUACUAAUAAUUAAUACAGCACUCCAAAUAAUAAAAAAAGCAGUUUAAGUAAGGCUGAAUAUUAGAAUUAUUUAUAAUUGUAAAUUUAAGAAAAAUAAAGUAGUAAUAAAAUAUUUAUUACACCUAUUAAAAAUUAGUAAAAAGUAGAGGAAUAGAAUAAGGAAAAGGAUAAGGAUAAAGAUAAAAAUGCCAAAGAAUCAACGGAAUUUUAGAUAAUUCAAAAACAAUUAAAAUAAUAUUAGGAAGAAAAAUAAUAAAAAGAUCGAAAGCUUUUACUGCAGUAGAAAUUUGAAGAGUCGACCUCAAUUUAUGAGAAAAAUAAGGAUAAAUCAUUUUCUCCUGAGUAUCAUAAUAAAAAGAAAAAUUUAGUACAAGAAGAUGAAGAUGAAAAAGCUAGAACUCAAUAACAGAAAAGUGUUGUUUCAAAAAUUCUUACAGAAUAAAUUUAGGAGAAAUAAAAAAAAAGAGAUGAAGAGAAGAAGCAAUAAGAGACAGAAGAUAAAUUGGCCGAAGAGAGGUGGAAAAAUGAGGUUUAAACGAUGAAGGAGGAGAAAAAAAGGGAAGAAGAAUUGAAAAAGGAAUAACAAGGAAAAAUUUAAUAGGAAAAUAUACGAAUGCAUUAAAUGAAGCUUAAGCAACAAUAAGGGAGAAAUAGAAGCAAAUCAAAUACAUUAUAAUAAUCAAAGAUUGAGGAAGAAUUUAAAGAAGAGUUGGAAAUGAUAUAAUAAGAAAUAGAAGAAGAGUAAUAAUCAAUUGAACAAAUUGAAUAAUAGGAAGAAAUAUAGUUUUAGUAAUAAUAAUAAUAACAAUAAGAAUAAUUAAAUAUUAAACCUAAUCAAGUUUUAAGUUACGUUGAUUAAUACAAUCUAGAAUUAGAUAAGAUUAAGCAAUAAAUGAUCUCAUAAUAAUAAUAAUUGGAAAGACAAAUUCAUGCUGCUUUUAAUUUGGCUUAAAUAGGUUUAUUAGAGGGAAAGAAUAAAAUUGAAAAAGAAUUAAUUUUGGAAAAAAAUAAAAAUAAUAAACAUUUUAAUGAAGAUUAUGCCAUGGCUUUACUAAAUAAAAAUCAAAGUAAGUAUGAAUAUGAAUUACCCUUUCUGUUUAAUUAAAAAAUCUAGCAAGAUUAAAUAUACAGAGAUAAUCUAUUAGAUAAGGUUCAAUUAAACACCCAGUCUAAAUUGAUUCCUUUAUCCACUUAGCAUAACAAGAAUAUGUCAACUCAUUUGGCAACUCCAUAGUAACGACAGAUCUAAGCUCGAUCGAAAUCAAUAUCUCAACACUCAAAACAAAAUUAUCAUUAAUAAUUAAUAGACUUUAAAAAAAGUAAAUAAAAUGAUGCUUUGAGCUAAUUACUUUAAGAAUAUCAUGAAUGA